GAAGAUUUUUCCUACUUAGAAAUUGAUUCAUUUGUGUUUCUGAAAAUAUCAAAUCAUCAUGUCAGACGAAGAGUGGAAAUCAGAUGCUGGGAGUGAUGUUGAAGACUCAACAGCCCAUGCUAAACUAAUGGCUGAUAUUGACUCCAUUGCAAUCAAGCCAAAAACCAAUAAAGCAGCAGGAGGUUUGAGACACAACUCAAUGGCAGCUGGUGGUGUUGAUCUUGGGGCUCUGGCUUCUCUGGAUCAACAAGUCUCUUCUGCAGCAGCUCUCAAGGAAGCAAAUCCCAUUGCUAAACAAAAACACAAGAGGGUUUUAAGAAAGGAAGGCUAUGCAGUCCUAGCUGAGGACCUCAACAAAUGGGCAGGUGUGGUGCACCACAUGCGCACUGCCAAGCAACUGACAUUCCCACUACCCGAUAACAAAGUGUCUAUGUUUGAACAAGACCAUCGCACCAAACCACAACUCAAAACAAGUCUCCAGAAAAAACUCUUUGGGCUAAUGAAUGAUGCUGGUUUGAUCAAAGCUAAGGAGGAAACCCCCCAAGAGAAAGAGAUCCGUGAAGCGCUCAGUCUGGAGGAAGUGAAAGCACGCAACACAGAUGCUUGGCGCCUCAGGAUUCUUCGAGACAAGAUUGGCAAGAAGGCUCACCUCAGAAAUAAAACUAAGAGUAAAAAGUAUCACCGCGAGCUGAAGAAAGAUCGCCUGAAGAAACAGGCAGCUGAGCUAGAGAACCUGAAGAAGGUGGACCCCAACAAAGCACUGGAGAAGUUACAGGAGCUGGAGGAGAUCAGGAUAGAAGAGAGGAUGAGUCUCAAGCACAAGAAGAGCAAGUGGGCAACUCAGCUGCAGCGGCGAGCUAACACUGAUAAGGAUGCCUUAGCCAAACUGCAAGAAAACGCGCGGCUCCACACUGAGCUCAUGCAGAAGCUUCAGCAGCAGCAGGAAGACUUGCAGGACGAGGACGCCAGCUCUAGUGGUGACUCUGACGACGAUGAGGACCAGGCCGAGACUGUCACGAAAAACGCGACUCCAGCUCCAGGCGUGGCUGACCAGGCCUACAUAAAGAUGAAGAAAUUUUGGGGGGAAUACAACAGACAGAAAGAAGAAGAAUUAAAAGAUCGUAUUGAAGAGAUCAGGAAGAAGAAAAAUGUGCCACAGAAAGGUGAAGAAGAAUUAAUAAUCGAAGAGGCUAAUAAAAUCAUUAAGAAAGAAAUGUCAGCAAGAAAAAAGAAAAACAAAAAUUGUGAAGCGGACACAGACGACAAAACGCCAACAAUCACGCAGUUUGAAUUAACUUUCGACUCUGAGAAGCCAGACCAGCCGCUUCAUGAAGGAGCUGUAAGACUACGAACCAUUGAAGACUAUGAAAAUUUGGGUCCUGAUAAAACCUCUGCUACGGAGGCGGCGGCUGCCACUCCCAUCACCGAUGUUCCCUCUAACAAACAACUGAAGGGACUUCCUGAAGUCGAUGCAACACAUUUCAAAGCUCUGGAAACCAAGGUGUUGAGUAGCGCGAAGUCUCGCGUGUCAAAUCUCUUUAAUGACGAUGGAGAUAGCGACGCUGAUGGCGACGUCAACAACGAACUCUUCGACGAAGAUGACAACGCGCUAGAGGAGUUCAAUAAGCAGAAGCAGGCGGCCGAGGAGGCCGCGCAGGUCAAAGACGAGUGCUACGCCCUGCCGGGCUGGGGCGAGUGGGCCUCGCCUGACUGCCUUAUUUCACAGAAGAAAAUCGAGAAAUACACAAUUAAGGCGCCCAAGAAACCCCCGGCCAAAACGGGCAAUUUUAUUUACAAUGAAAAGGCUGACCUCCAUCCUGCUAUCCGAGAGCGCAUGGUAAAGGAGCUGCCGUACCCCUUCAAGAGCGUUAGCGACUGGGAGGCCAGCGUUCGGUUUCCUAUUAGCCGCGCAUUCGUACCUGAGACGGUCCACCAGAAGAUCAUCGCCCCGAGGGUGGUGAGGAAGGCGGGUCAGGUGAUCAAGCCUCUGGAUCAGUCGCAUCUCUACAACCAGCCUGAAAUUAAGCGCGCCGUCAAGAGGAAAAUGCAAGAAGCCGCAAAAAGUGAUGGAAAACCGCUGCAGAGUGAGCCAGCUUGUAAGAAGAUGGUCGCUUUCAAGAAAAACCCCAAGAAAUUCAACAGAACUUCCGUUGUUUAAUAAACGACCUGCUGG